AUGUUUCUAUUCAUUCGUUUUUUUCUCUCUCUCUCUCAUUCCUUGUCAGUCAGCCUGCAAGAUCUUUUCAUUCAUUCGUUUUUUCUCAUAUACUUUACUUCUUUUCUUCUUUUCUUCCGUUUCUCUCUUCAUUCUUUUCUUUUAUGCAUGUCUUUUAUUCAUGUUGUUUUCUAUAUUCCUUACUUCUUUUUUUUAUCUUCUUUCUUUCAUUCUUUCUUUCUUUCAUUCUUUCUUUCUUUCAUGCAUUUUAUUCUCUUUGCAAUCAUGUUAUUCUAUUCUUUGUUUCCUUCAUUCAUUUUCACCCCAUUUUCAUUAUUUCUUUUUUCUUUCUUAUUUGAUUCUGUUUCAAUCCAUUUCAUUCCUUUUUAUUUCGCUUUUAUUUCAAUCAUUUUAAUUGCUAUUUUUAUUAUUUCCUUCCUCUUUUUCUUUCUUCAUUUAUUCGUUUUCUUUCCGGUUGCAGUCAUUCCAUUCAUUUAUAUCUUUAUUUUCCUUCCAUUUUUCUUCCAUUCAUUUGCGCUGCAAGUUCUUUCUCUUCGUUCUAUUUUUCUCUCAUUCCUUCUCAGGUAUAAAAAGAAUUCAAGUUCUUUCUGCUUAACGAACUUUUCUGUCUCUUAUUCAGUCAGCUUUCAAGUUUCAGACAGCACGUUCUUUCUAUUUAAUCGUUUUUUCUCUCAUUCCUUUUCAGGUAUAAAAAAUUCAUGUUCAUUCUGUUUAACGAAUAUUACUAUCUUUUUUUUUCAGUCAGACAGCACGUUCUUUCUAUUUAAUCGUUUUUUCUCUCAUUUCUUUUCAACUAUAAAAAAAUUCAUGUUCAUUCUGUUUAACGAAUAUUACUAUCUUUUUUUCAGUGAAAACGAACUUUCAUGUUCUUUUUUUCUCACAUUCCUUACUUCUUUCCUUCCUUUUUCCUUUCUUUGUUACUUUGUUUCUUUCUUUCUAUCUUUUAUGUAUCUUUUAUUCAUGCUAUGUUCUAUAUUCCUUAUUGUCUUCCUUCCUUCUUUCAUUCAUUCUUUCUUUCUUUCUAAUUUCAUGCAUAUUCAUCUCUUCGCAAUCAUUUAUUCUAUUAAUCUGUUUGGAUCCAUUUCAAUCCCUUCUUUUUUUCAUUUUUAUUUCAUUCAUUUUAAUUACUAUUUUUAUCAUUUUCUUCCUUUUUUUUCUUUCUUCUUUUACCCGUUUUCAUUCAGAUUGCAGUCGUAUCAUUCUUUUAUAUAUUUCAUUUAUUUUCUGUCCUAUUUUUCUGUCCUUUCUUUCGUUCCAUUUCUUUCAUUUCUUUUUUAUCUAUUUCAUUCAUUUUCUUUCCUAAUUUCAUUAUUUCAAUUUCUUUCUUUUUCUUUAUUCAUUUGCUUUCCUAUUUUUAUUAUUUCCUUCUUUCUUCGUUCUUCCAUUCAUUUUCCUUCCUAUUUUCAUUAUUUCCUUUCAUUUUAUUUCUUUCUUCCUUCAUUCAAUUUCCUUUUUAUUAAUAUUAUGGCUUCUCGUUUUUUCAUUCUUUUAUCUAUUAUUCAUUUUCGACCAGAUUGCAUUCAUUUUAUUCUUUCAAUCAAUUUAUUUCAUUCUUUUUUUUUCUUUCAUUCAUCUUCAUCAUGCGUACUUUCCUUCCUUUUCAUCUCUGUUUUUCUCUCUUUUAAAUUCUAUCCUUUUCUUGUUUCUUUCAUCUCUUUCUCUGAGCAAGAGCAGGUUGAAAUCAGAUGUGAAACAAUCCCAUUGAUGACGGCAAAGGUGCAAACACACUCGACCGACUGA